AAAUCAAAACUGUUUUACUUCAUAGACACGCAUAAAGAACAAUCCUUUCGUUUGAGAAUCGAGUUUUCAUCGAAUUAGCGGGGAAAAAAAGUUCAUACUCGGAUAAGCCUUCAGAUUUCUCAGGAUUGUUGAGUAUCGCCGGAAAAGAUGAAGCCUCUAGACAGGCCGAUCAACGUUAACGCCAUGACUCGAAAGAUCAAUGUUGACAAUCGGAUCCCCCUUCGUCAUUACUACCGAAUAGCAGAUAAUCUUAUCAGACAGGCUAGUAUCUACCGAGAGGAAAAGAAUAUCAUAGAUUUGUAUAUUAUACUUCUCAGAUUUUGCAGUUUGCUGUCUGAAACUAUACCACUCCACCGUGAUUACCAGUUAUUGCUUCCAAAAGAAAGGGUCUUUUACAGACGGAAACUGCUUGAUGUCAUAGAGGAACUGGAAAGGAUGAAGGCAGAGUUUAAUCGUCGGUUGGAUGAACUGAACAAAGCACGUACCAUAGCCCAAUUGAAUUGCCUAGAAAAUACUUCAAAUAUUUCAACAGUCUCUUCUACAGAAUAUCCCUCCAUUAAAAAGUCAAUUUCAUCAAACUUGGAUAUUAAACAGGUGCAGCUGCACCCAGCUAGCAGAAAUGCAUUGCACUCUUCAUGGAAGCAUCACAAUACGGUUACUCAAGUUGCAUCACCAAAAACCCUGCAAAUUGAGAAGCAAUUCCAGAAGAUGUCUUUCAGCCUACCCCUUCCUAAGGAGGAAACAUUGUCCAGACACUCAUUUUUAGGUCCAACUGGUCUCCAUGGUCAGUGGCAAGGACCUAUUGCAGGGACAAAGGUGCAGUAUCCUAGCAGUGCUGACAUACCUUCAACUGAAGAUUUGGGCCUGAACCAGACUGGAAAAGAUGGUCAUGUGGCAACAAAAAAUGGUGAUCCUGGAGAGGCUAGAUCUACAAUGGAAUCAGUGCUUUCCUUAGAUGAUGGUAGCUGGUUACAGCCUGCUGAGGAUUCAUGUUCUUUGUCAACUGUGGAGAGGAGGGAAGAUAGUUUUGAGUUGAAUAACAUCUGGCAACCGUCGCCACCGCCUGUUCUUGCACAAGUACAGCAGGAGUACCUUCCGAUUCAUCCGUCAAAAGUUGCUGAUCCAAGACCUGGACCGGCAAAAUCUUUACCGGAAGGGAUGUCUGACUCUAGUUCUUAUCAGCAUUUACACAUUCCAGUUAAAAUGAUGGAGGACUUUCUGAGACUGGCACAAGCAAAUACAGCAAAAAAUCUAGAAACUUGUGGAGUUCUUGCGGGUUCUCUUAAAAACAGGGUUUUCCAUAUCACUACGCUAAUAAUUCCAAAGCAGGAGUCCACUUCAGAUUCAUGCCAGACAAUGAAUGAGGAAGAAAUUUUUGACAUUCAAGACAAACUUUCCCUUUUCCCUCUUGGGUGGAUUCAUACACACCCAUCGCAGACUUGCUUCAUGUCAUCAGUUGAUCUUCACACUCAUUAUUCAUAUCAGGUCAUGUUACCAGAAGCAAUUGCAAUUGUUAUGGCUCCCACAGAUACAUCCAGGCAGCAUGGCAUCUUUCAUCUUUCGGAUCCAGGAGGUAUAUCUGUGAUUCGUAACUGUCAAGAGCGUGGGUUUCAUCCUCAUGAAGAGCCUGAUGAUGGAAACCCAAUCUAUGAGCACUGUUCCCAUGUUUAUAUGAACACCAAAUUGAAGUGUGAUAUUGUUGAUCUUCGGUAAUCAUGUAAUUUCUAGGUUUUGAGCUGUAUGUAGAAUAUAUUGCAGUAGCAAGAAACAAACAGUAAAUAUUUGUGGACUAAUCCUGUA